UAUAAUGGAGGGGAAGAUGUCUUUGGGAAAAUACUUGACAUGGGUGAUCUUACUGUUGGGGCAGCUACAUGGAUACCAAAGCUGCGUUCAGAAAGAAAGCAUAGCUUUGUUGGAGCUCAAGAGAUACAUAAUCUCAAUUACUGAAGAAGGGGAAUCCAACUCUGUUUUCCCUACUUGGACUAACGACACAAAUAGCAAUUGCUGCCAUUGGGAGGGCCUUGAGUGCAAUCGUACAAGCAAACGGGUGACUGAUAUUGCCUUUGGUACACUUCACCUCAAAGAGAGUUCUCUCCUAAAUCUUUCUUUGCUGCAUCCCUUUGAAGAAAUUCGAAGUCUCAACUUGUCCAAGUCCAGAUUCAUAAACUUAUCUGCGUACAAAGAGAAUGAAUUCAAUGAUGAUGCAUUCAACCAAUUUUCUGGCUUGUUUGAUGAUGUUGAAGGUCAUAAUAGCCUAAGCAGAUUAAGAAACCUGGAGAUUCUGGAUUUUUCUUCAAAUAAAUUCAACAACAGCAUUUUUCCUUUUCUUAGUGCUGCUACAUCACUUACAACUUUGUUUCUGCGGGGCAACAACUUGGAUGGCCCAUCUCCUCUUAACGAACUUAAAGAAUUGACAAACUUGAAACUGCUGGACCUAAGUGAUAACAGAUUCAAUGGCUCCAUACCAGUACAAGAGCUCUCUACCCUGAGUAAGUUGGAAGCUCUGGAUGUAAGUGAUAAUGAAUUGUCUGGCUCAAUGGAAUUGCAAGGGAUUUGUAAACUGAAGAAUCUGCAAGAGCUUGAUUUGAGUCGAAACAAACUGUCUGGUCAGUUUCCCUUAUGUUUAACUAACUUAACUGGACUUCGAGUUCUUGAUCUAUCAUCGAACCAAAUGACUGGGAAGGUACCAUCUGCUCUUGGUAGCCUUGAAUCCCUUGAGUACUUAUCGUUGUUUGACAACAACUUUGAAGGCUUCUUCUCAGUUGUUUCGUUUGCGAACUUCUCAGAGCUGAGGGUGCUCAAACUCGGUUCACUAUCCAACUCACUUCAAGUAGAGUCUGCAAGUUCUUGGAAGCCAAAAUUUCAGUUGAAUGUUAUUGUACUACGAUCAUGCAACUUGGAGAAGGUUCCUUAUUUUCUCCUACAUCAGAAGGGUCUACGUCAAGUUGAUCUCUCUCACAAUAAAAUACCUGGAGAUUUUCCUUCUUGGCUAAUGGAGAACAAUACGGAACUCAAAGUUUUAACUCUACAGAAUAAUAACUUUACGAGCUUUCAGCUACCACAGUCUGCUCAUGAUAUUCUUAUGCUGGACAUGUCGGUGAAUGGCUUCAGUCACCUGUUUCCUGGGAACAUUGGUUUGGUGCUUCCGCAUUUAGCGUCUUUGAAUAUAUCAAAUAACAGGUUUCAAGGAGAUCUGCCAUCUUCUCUAGGUUUCAUGAAAAGUAUUCAGUUUUUGGAUAUUUCUCACAAUAGUUUCCACGGGAAGCUACAAAGAAGUUUUGUGGAGGGUUGUUAUUCAUUAAGAAUCUUGAAACUUUCACAUAAUAAACUAAGUGGAGAGAUUUUACCAAGUUCAACAAACUUCACUCAUAUAUGGGAGCUGUCUAUGGAUAACAAUCUGUUUACAGGGAAGAUCGGACAAGGUUUGCGAAAAUUGGAAUACUUGUUACUGCUUGACAUUUCGAACAACAAUCUCACAGGUGUUAUUCCAAGUUGGAUUGGGGAACUUUCGUCUUUAAAUGCAAUACUGCUAUCAAACAACUUGCUGGAAGGUGAAGUACAUGUGUCCUUGUUCAACAUUUCCAAUCUUCUGUUGUUGGACCUCUCUGCAAACAUUUUAUCUGGGGGUAUACCUCCACACGUCAGUUCUGCAAAUCCUGUGGCUUUAUUCCUACAAGACAACAAUUUAUCAGGAUCUAUUCCCGCCACGUUGCUAGUGAAUGUCACUAUACUUGAUCUCAGAAACAACAGAUUGUCUGGAAACAUUCCGGAGUUCGUCAACACCCAAAACAUCAGUAUUCUUCUUCUGCGGGGGAAUAACUUAACAGGUCAUAUUCCUCAUCAGCUGUGUGGCCUAAGAAACAUCCAUCUUCUGGAUCUAGCUGAUAACAAACUGAAUGGAUCCAUACCUUCAUGUCUUAGCCAUACAUCAUUUGGUUUGGGAAAAGAGGAUAUGUCAUAUGAUUAUGAUUUUAAGUGGGGCUACAUGGGUAGUAAUUUCAAGGAUGCUUUUACUCUGGAACAAGAUUCAACUUCCACAGAAAAUGAUGGUAGACAUUUCAAAUCUCUUCUUGUGCUAGAUCCUAUUAACUGGUACUUCAUGCAUGACACCCAGACAAAAAUUGAGUUUGCAACAAAACACCGAUAUGAUGCCUACAUGGGUGGAAUUCUCAAAUAUAUGUUUGGACUAGAUCUCUCAGAAAAUGAGCUUGCUGGUGAGAUUCCAGUAGAGCUAGGAGAUCUUCUGGAACUUUAUGCUCUCAAUUUUUCUCACAACUAUUUGUCAGGUGUGAUACCAAAAAGCUUCUCAGGUUUGAAGAAUGUUGAAAGCCUUGAUCUCUCCUUUAACAGAUUAGAAGGCCGUAUUCCAGCAGAACUAACAGAGCUAAGCAGACUUGCUGUUUUCAAGGUCACAUACAACAACUUAUCAGGAGCCAUUCCACAGGGAAAACAGUUUAACACGUUUGAUAUACAAAGCUACUUAGGUAAUCCUCUUCUUUGUGGGAAACCAACCAACAAAAGUUGUGAGACCAAUAACAUCCAAGAACCAGAUAAUGAAGUGGAAGCUGAUGAAUCCACAAUAGACAUGGUCUCUUUCUACUGGAGUAUUGUUGCAGCUUAUGUGACAGUACUUCUUGGAAUACUUGCAUUUCUCUCUAUUGAUUCUCCUUGGAGCAGAGCUUGGUUCUACAUUGUUGAUGUUUUCAUACGCAAGGUGAGGAACUUGUUAUGGUAAUCUACUAUUGGUGUUAAAUCCUUUAAUGUGGUAGUUGUUUUAUUCGUCCCGAUUUAUUGCAGUUCUUCAAAAAAAAAAUUAUUAGCAAAGUCGGAACUAAAUUUAUGGUUGGUUCCUCUGAACUGUUAUUAUCUUUUUUUCGUUGAAUAAUUUAAUGCAUCAAAUAUAUCUUAAAACUACUUUGGUGGUGGUUCCUCUGAACGGUUAUUGUAUUUUUCUUUGAAUAAUGUA